UGAAUUCUGGGUAACUCAGCCUCUUUCCUAACGUGGUUGUAAUCCUCGGUCGUUUCAGGUAGCUGAGAAAACCACAAAAGCAAAAUGGUUGCGUCAAAAAAACAGAAGAAGCAGAUGGAGAGCAUCAACACUCGCCUCCAGCUUGUUAUGAAGAGUGGCAAAUACCAUCUCGGUUACAAACAGACACUCAAAGCCCUGAGACAAGGCAAAGGCAAACUGGUUAUCCUGGCCAACAACACACCCCCACUCAGAAAAAGCGAGAUUGAAUACUACGCUAUGCUGGCCAAGACUGGUGUCCAUCACUACACUGGUAACAACAUUGAGCUCGGAACAGCCUGUGGUAAAUACUUCAGGGUGUGCACCCUCUGCAUCACAGAUCCAGGUGACAGUGACAUCAUCCGCAGCAUGCCUACAGAAUCAACAUAGAGUCUGGGUUCCAUACCGAGGGGGGACUGGGCCAUCAAU